ACAAGAAGUGGAAGCAAGAUGCAUAAACUUAUUGUCAGGAGAUGGAUCAGCAGAAUCCAUACGAUCUGAACUGAUUUCUAUAUUCCAACUGAUAGCAAGCACGGGUAACAGUACCUAUAAGAAUGUAGAAGGAAUUGAUACAUAUAUUCUGGAAAAAGGUAAUACUGAAGUGAUUGCAAUUUGGAGACGAAUUCGUUACAUCAUUUACUUAUAUAUCGAACCUCUUGAAACUUUUUUACCUGUAGACGAUAGUACCCUCCAAGACUUUAUGACUACUGAAAUGUAUCAAGCAGAAAUGGACAGAAGGACAAAGACGCUACUUUCAAAUGGCAACAUAACGAGUCAGUUUUGGUUCAUCCGCUAUUUCUCUCUUGUUAAUGAUGUUUUCUACGGACUGAGAAAAAUUAAAAGAGAAAAAAAUGUGGAAAGAUUAAUUAGGGUUUUAUCUCUGCCUCGGGCUGACUUGGCUCUGAUAGAUGAGUUUCAGUUACUGAAAAAGGGUGCAAGUACUGUUGUUUUGAGAAAGCAAUUGUCCAGAGUUGCAAUUACACAAGAACAAUUUGAGGAAAAGUUGCAGUGUUACUUUUGCUUUGAAGAAUACAGAGUAGGUGAAUUGGUUACAUCCCUUUCGUGUUCUCAUUUAUAUCACACGGAUUGCAUUAAAUUGUGGUUACCAAUAGAAAAAACUUGCCCUUGCUGUAGAAGAAGAGUGGACUUCAUAAAAGAUUUUCCUUUGAAUACAUUUAUAUUGAAUCAUCACAUUUUUUAAUCAUUUUAAUCUAUUGUUCAUGAUGUGAUAUUUCGCAAGCUAAUAAAAAUAGCAAUGUCUGAAAAA